GGCGAGGCAGUCAGUAUACUCUCACUCUGUCUCCUCCCCCGCGUCGGUCGCUUCGCUUCUACUGGAGGAGAGCAGAGGUGGUGGUUGGUGAGAGAGGAUGCGCGGCGGCGGCGGCGGCGGCGGCGGCGGCGGCGAGGAGGCCGGCCAGAAGCUGAAGAGCAUGGACGUCGACAAGCUGGAGAACGGCGGCGACAAGCCCGCCCUCAAGUACCACGGCUGGAGGGCCAUGCCCUUCAUCAUAGGGAACGAGACGUUCGAGAAGCUGGGGACGCUGGGGACGUCGGCGAACCUGCUGGUGUACCUGACGCAGGUGUUCCACAUGCGGAGCGUGGACGCGGCGACGCUGCUCAACGGCCUCAACGGCACCACCAGCCUCGCCCCCAUCAUCGGCGCCUUCCUCUCCGACGCCUACCUCGGCCGCUACCUCGCCCUCGCCAUCGCCUCCGUCGCCUCCCUCAUCGGCAUGUUCUUGCUGACGAUGACGGCCGCCGCGGACGGGCUGCACCCGGCGGAGUGCGGGGUGGGGGAGACGUGCUCGAAGGCGACGUCGGGGCAGUUCGCGGUGCUGUUCAUGUCGUUCGCGUUCCUGGUGCUGGGGUCGGCGGGGAUCCGGCCGUGCAGCAUGCCGUUCGGCGCCGACCAGUUCGACCCCCACACGGAGUCCGGCAAGCGCGGCAUCAACAGCUUCUUCAACUGGUACUACUUCACCUUCACCUCCGCCAUGCUCGUCUCCGCCACCGUCAUCAUCUACGUCCAGAGCAACGUCAGCUGGCCCAUCGGCCUCGGCAUCCCCACCGCGCUCAUGCUCCUCGCCUGCGUCCUCUUCUUCAUGGGCACCAGGCUCUACGUCCGCGUCACCCCCGAGGGCUCCCCCUUCACCAGCAUCGUCCAGGUGUUCGCCGCCGCGGCGAGGAAGCGGUCGCUCAAGCAGCCCAAGGACCCCAAGCAGGACCUGUUCGACCCGCCGCACACCAGCGCCAUCGUCACCAAGCUGGCGCACACGGACCAGUUCCGGUGCCUCGACAAGGCGGCCAUCGUGUCCGGCCCCGACGACGUGCGCGCCGGGGGCGCCGCGCCGUCGAACCCGUGGAGGCUGUGCAGCGUGCAGCAGGUGGAGGAGGUGAAGUGCCUCAUCCGCAUCGUGCCCGUCUGGUCCACGGGGAUCAUCUACUACGUCGCCGUCGUGCAGCAGUCGACCUACGUGGUGUUGUCCGCGCUGCAGUCCGACCGACACCUCGGCCGGAGCUUCCAGAUCCCCGCGGCGUCGUUCACGGUGUUCGCCAUGCUGGCGCAGACGCUGUGGAUCCCCAUCUACGACCGCCUCCUCGUGCCGCGCCUCCGCAGGGUCACGGGCAAGGACGAGGGCCUCACCCUCCUGCAGCGGCAGGGGAUCGGGAUCGCGCUGUCGACGGUGGCGAUGGUGAUGUCGGCCGUGGUGGAGGACCGGAGGCGGCACAUCGCGCUGACGCAGCCGACGCUGGGGACGACCAUCACCGGGGGCGCCAUCUCGGCCAUGUCCAGCCUGUGGAUGGUGCCGCAGCUCAUGGUGCUGGGGCUCUCGGAGGCGUUCAACCUCAUCAGCCAGAUCGAGUUCUACUACAAGGAGAUCCCGGAGCACAUGCGGAGCGUGGCCGGCGCGCUCGCCUUCUGCAACCUGGCGCUGGGGAACUACCUCAGUGGGUUCCUCGUCACCAUCGUGCACCGGACCACCGGCGCCGGGAGCAACUGGCUGGCGCAGGACCUCAACAAGGGGAGGCUCGACCUCUUCUACUGGAUGAUCGCCGGCAUCGGCAUCUUCAACAUCAUCUACUUCAUGAUCUGCGCCAAGUGGUACAGGUUCAAGGGGGCAGCCGCCAACUGAGAUGCAAGUGAAGUGAAGUUUGUUCGUUUGGGUGGUUAAUUAAUUAUGUCAAUGGCAGAUAAUUAAUUGGUGGAGUGCUUUUAGCUGGGUUUUUUUUUUCUGCCUCAUCAUUUCUCUCUUGUAUUUUUGUAUCUGUGGUGUCUUGAAUUAUAAAAUCUAUAGGAUUAAGUGGGUGAGGAAAGAGAAGGAAAGAAACAAAAGGGUUGGUUUCUUGUAAGUGGUUAAAAUUCAAAGAUAAAUGAAUCUUCAAUCCUAGUAAAUCGCUACUUGCUGUUUGACUGAUUCACAAGGAAGUAAAUGAAAUAGUUUUGAAUGAA